AUGUCACUCGUCGCCGCCGCCGCCGUCCUCGUCAUCAAAGACGCGGCCCGGCUGAUCGAUUCCUUCCUGGACGCAUUCCCUGGAGUGAAGCUCUACAUCGACCGCCUGCAGCAGCAGGCCGCACGCGACGGCGGCGUGCCGACGCUGCUGGGCCGCUGGCGCCCCAUCGAUGGGCUGGGGUCGCGUGACGCCAAGGCGCGCGCUGCGGCGCUGCGGCGCGUUGUCAACAGCCAGAUACAGGGCAGCGCCGCAGACCUCAUCAAGCUGGCCAUGUGCGCAUGGGACGACUACCAGCAGCAGCAGCAGCAGCAGCAGCAGCAGCAGCAAGUACCACAGACGCAGCAGCAGCAGCAGCAGCCGCGCGCGGUCCUUGUGGCGUCCAUCCACGACGAGCUGCUGUUCGAGGUGGAGGGCGGCCCCGCCGCCGCGGCGGCCAUGGGCGCCGCCGUGAGCGCGCUCAUGCGGGGCGCCGCGGGGCCGCUGGCCGUGCCGCUAGAGGUCAAGGUCGAGGCGGGGGAGCGCUGGGCCUUCUGA